AUGUUCUGGAGUCACGUACUCGUUGCGAUUCUUCUCAGCCAUCAUCCAUCAACUGCCGUUAACGAACAACUUGCUCAAACAGUCGCCCAAAUACUCUUGCAGCAUUUUGUCCACCCAUUUGAAGCCGUACAGAUCGAUCAGGCGACCAGCAACCAAUCGGCAGCAUUCCAUCGUCAACAGGAUCUGAUCGAUACCAUUCUCAGGAUGUUGGGAGGUCGUUUGGUCGUUCGUCGUUACAGCACUCGUCCGACUAUCGUUGAACCGUACUUCUUUCACCUGAUUUUCGUUGACGGCGAUGAGGCCCUCACGAGGUUGCUUGCCGAAAGAAAUAUCAUCAAUUACGACACUUCCGGGCUUUACCUUCUCGUGAUCAGCGAACCGGAACCACCUGAUCAAUCCAUCGACAGCGUCCUAGCUCAUCUAUGGAAUCUACACCUGGUGAACGCCAACGUGAUCUUCAACCGCAACGGUCACGUACUCGUGUAUACUUACUUUCCAUUCCGAGAAAGUCACUGCGAACAUACACAGCCGGAGUUACUGUUCAACCUGACAACUCUACAAGAAAACCCCAAUCAACCGAUAUUCUACUGUAAUCGCUUGCGUAACUUCCACGGCUGUGCGCUUCUGGGAGGGACAUUCGAGGCGAAACCCUACACAAUCUACCGGGACACUAUGUCAAACGCAACUCUACAGGUGGGCGGAUUCGAAGGAGACCUGAUGCAAGUGCUGGCGAGGCAGCUGAAUUUCUCAUUGUCCUGGAAGAAUGCCCCCGGGCAGUGGGGUUUUGCUCGACCACUCGGAAACAGCACCGGCCUGAUGAAGAUGGCCCAGGAAGAGGAGGUUGACUUUGCCAUUGGAUGUCUAGCCAUGGAUCCGGAUCGGUACCGAUACCUCAAGGCCGGUGCUUCGCACUACACCAGUAAGAUCCUGUUUGCGGUUCCACAUGGACGCUCGUACACGGCAUUUGAGAAACUAUUUGGUCCCUUUGAGCGAUCGCUUCUGGAGAUGCAUGCCUUUGUGGUCAUCGUGACGUGCGUGGUUGUUCUGAUUCUGAGCUUCGCUAAUCGCAAGGUUCGAGCCUUCGUAUACGGCCGAGGUGUUUCAACGCCCCUUCUGAACGCCAUAGCAAUACUCUUCGGGGGCUCUGUACCACAACCUCCGGUUAGGAACUUUGCCCGAACUCUUCUGUUUCUAUGGCUCGUUUACUGCUUCAUAAUAGGAAGCCUCUACCAAGGAUCGCUGUUCCACUACCUUCAGAAGCCCAUGCACUACCCACCGCUGAAGACGAUGCGAGAAAUCGAUCGUUCCGGGCUGUUCUACUACAUGGUCGAUAUCGGAACUCGGUUCUUUGUGCACAACCCCAGCAUUGUACGGCGCACCAGGAUCAUCGCCCCCGGAAAGGACAGCUUGGGUCACGCGAUUGCCCAAGUAGGCCUUACCCACCUAACCGAUGGAGUCAUCCUGAGUCCGAUGGAUCUGGUGGCGUACAACAACCGGGUCAACCCCAGAACGCGCUUCGUUCACAUCGCACGGGAGCACGUUUCGGUGUUUCCGGUAGGGCUGUACUAUCCGAAGCGGUCCCCACUGUGGGAUGUGUUCGACAAACAGGUCCGGAUGAUUGUCCCAUCCGGACUGGUGGGUGAUUGGAUCAAACGGUACGGUGAUUAUGACUUUUUCGCACGGCCAAAGGAGAAAUCCGAACCGCGGAAGUUGAGCAAUGAACAUUUGGCCGGGGCAUACCAGCUGUAUGGGUGCUGUUUGGGGGUCAGUGUGGUAGUGUUUCUACUGGAAAUGGUUUCACCGAGGUUUCCGACGUUGGGGGUGGUGUUGCGGCAUCUGAUUGAUUGA